AUGGCUCAACCGGAUCCUAGUCAGGGCGUCCCUCAGGACCUUCUGCCCCAUGUCCAUCUUAUCUCGUCGUUUCGAUACCCCGCGAUGCCUCGACUUGACUUGAACGAGGUUGCCAAAUGGCUUAUGAGCGCACCACAAGUCGCGCGAGACAGGGCGCCUUUCUUCUGGACAUAUCUCGACAAACCCACAGACGGCACGAUACUCUUGACCUGGCAGCCUCUUCAGCGCCUGGGUACCAACUUCGCGACCGAUGGAUACGUGUGGGCGCCCCCGGAGCAGGUCUACAAGCAUGAUCUGGGUAAUGGACUGAUGCUCGAGAUCUACUAUCAAAAGGCCGGUUACUUCCCUGGCGAGCAAUACGCCCUCCACGCCCGUCGACGAUGCCGAUUAGUGCCUAUCCCUGGCCACCCCAACCCUCCUCAACCAGAUAUCGGUCUGUUCGUCGUGCAUUACGGACCUGCCGAGCCCAACGACAGAGUCCCUGUUUCCAUGAUACCAUUCGACGAGAGAGCCAACAGCAUCAUGCAGCAACGCCACUUUUUGCAACGCGCUGGCCAGAUCCGUCGCAAGGAGUUCAUGUUGUCCGACCGAGUCAACUGGCCGACUCUGCCAGAUCUUACUCGCCAACCGGUGCCUCCACAAAUGGCCCCUCGAGGCGUCCCUCAACAGAUGGCGUAUCCUACACAAGCUACGCCGGGUCCCCCUAGCAAGCGACCAAGGCACUCAGCGAGCCAAGGUGGGCAGGCUCCAGCUCCAGGAAUGCCUCAGAUUGAUGCCACUUUUGAUGAUGAGGAGGAUGUCUCCCGAGGUGACAUGUUUGAUCAUCUUACCCCACGAGAAAUUUCUUUAAGCCGCUAUCAGCAGAACCACGAGUGGAUGGAGGAGAUCCUCUCGUCUCCCUACAGGAUAAGCCAGAUUACCCCAGCCGACCUCAACCUUGGUUUCAAGGGCGAGCUGGCAUCCUUGACGGAAGGAAUCUUCCCUGCUCAAGGAGUUGAGGCCUUCUCAUCUCCACCAGAGAAGCCGUACAUCGGCCGUCUAGACCCUGAAAAGGCCGAGGAAUUCCGAAAGCGCGUUCAGAACCACGUCGAAUCCACCAAGACUGAGAUCGAGAAGAUGCAGGCCGAGCAUGCCAAGGCUCUGGCAAAAUUCAAGGAAAACUCCAUUCUUAACAUAAAGGAGAAGGAGCUUCGAAAUGUUACUGAGGGUACAGGUAGCGAGACUUGGCGAAUUGAAGGCAAGGUAGACCCUCAAGAUGAGGACAGCACCCCCCAGCCCGUCAGCACAAAAACUGUCGAAGAGAUAGUAUCCGAGGUUGAGAGUGCUACUGGUAAGAAGAUCGAGGCCAAACCCACGGUGUCUCGUGUUCAAGAUGGAGGUUAUCAGCCACCAGCACCAGAGCCCAUUCAGACUGGCCCCUCACAACUAUCUCGUCAGCCUUCGCAGGCUGGUUCGCAAACUAGCGGCAUCAUGAUCGGCGAGUCUGAUAUCGAUAUGGGCGACACCGUUGCGGGAUUGCUUGAUGAGAUGCACACUGGCAUUUCCACCACCUCUACACCCCUGCAUAAUUUUGGAACCCCUCAGGCCGGGCUUUCAGCGGUUCAGUCUGGAGCUGGAACUCCUUCCAACCUCAAUGCCGCGGUUAAUCCUAGCGGAGACGUAACAAUGGGCGGAACUCAGGGAGGCAAGGACCACAGUGCCACAGCCCCUGACCAAGGAACCGGCAGUGGAGAGUGGGUGGUCGUGCCCAAAGACAGCGCUUCAAAUGAACAGGCCAACCAGGGACCUGGCUCAGGCGCCGUAUCUGUCAACGCAAACACCCCCAACGCUUCAGGAAUGGAUGCCCCCAAAUCAGUAGCCAAGACCGCUUCCGCCGCUGCCACACCAGCAGCCGGAACACCAAGUGGUUCGGUCUCCUUCGACCAGAACGAUUUCAGCUCCCUCGGCGACCUCGACACAGCCGGCGACGCCCUCGCCAGCUUCGACGGCCCCACGCUGGACGGUUCAGCCGGCGAGCUAGGCGAGGGUCUUGACCUGAGCAUGGACAUGGACGACUCAGCAUUCGGAGACGCUUUCCACGGUGUAGACACCUCUGGAACUCCCCAGGGCCAAGAUAUGUAG